UGCCAGGCCGAGAGCCAAUGAGCGCGCAGGAUACUGCGUAGGCACGACGUUUAAACGGUUUGUAGUGCUGAGAGGAUUCGGCUGCGGGGACGGGGAAUAUUCGGUGUCCGGUUCUUCCGAGCUGAGGAUUGUGAGGUGAACGUAUACGGCGGGCAGGAGGCUUCUGGAGACAUGCCGUCCAGAGUGGAGGACUACGAGGUGUUGUACACCAUAGGCUCCGGGUCCUAUGGGAAGUGUCAGAAGAUCCGGAGGAAAGCCGAUGGCAGGGUGCUUGUGUGGAAAGAGCUGGACUACGGCACAAUGAGUGAGUCUGAGAAGCAGAUGCUGGUGUCUGAAGUGAACUUGUUACGUGAGCUCAAACACCCCAACAUCGUGCGCUACUAUGACCGUAUAAUAGACCGAACCAACACUACACUUUACAUUGUGAUGGAGUUCUGUGAGGGUGGAGAUCUGGCCAGCCUAAUUGCUAAAUGUACCAAGGAGAGGCAGUAUUUAGAGGAGGACUUCAUACUGCGGGUCUUUGUCCAGCUUGCUUUAGCUCUGAAAGAUUGUCACAAAAGGAGUGAUGGUGGUCAUACUGUUCUCCACAGAGACCUGAAACCUGCAAACAUCUUUCUCGAUGCCCAGAAGAACGUGAAACUUGGUGACUUUGGUUUAGCCCGGAUAUUGCACCAUGACACCAGUUUUGCAAAAACUUUUGUUGGCACUCCUUAUUACAUGUCUCCUGAGCAGAUGAACAGAAUGUCCUACAAUGAGAAGUCGGAUAUAUGGUCUCUGGGUUGUCUUCUGUAUGAACUAUGUGCUCUUUCGCCGCCAUUCACUGCCUUUAACCAAAAAGAGCUGGCAGAAAAGAUUAGAAUAGGAAAAUUUCGGAGAAUCCCUUAUAGAUAUUCUGAAGAACUAAACCAGAUCCUUACAAAAAUGCUAAAUCUAAAGGAUUACCUAAGACCUUCCAUUGAGGAGAUAUUACAGCACCCCCUGUUGGCAGACUGGGUUGCAGAAGAACAAAACAGACUAUCUGAGAAGCGUGUACGUCGAUCUGCAGAGCAAGAGCGGCCUCCCCAGCCAGAUCCUGUCCUGACAGAGUUACGGUUAAAGGAACAGCAGCUGCUGGCACGAGAGAGGGCUUUGAAGGAACGGGAGGAGCGGCUUGAGCAACGAGAAAAGGAGCUGUGUGUACGGGAGAGACUUGCAGAAGAUAAACUGUCAAGGGCAGAGAACUUGAUGAAGAACUUCAAUAUCCUGAAGGAGCAACGGUUUUAUGGUGUGGAAAAUGGGCUAGAUCCUUCCUUGGAACGAUCGUCUUCAAUACGCAGUAAGAAGAAUGUCCACUUUGGUACUGCAAGUAAAGAGAAUCAUAGUGGAAGCAAGUAUCCCCCCACCCAGGAAAAAUGCACAGAACUAAAACUGCGACUGCAGACAGCUAAUGUGCGAGCGCAGGCUCUGUGUGAACUUGAGAAGAAUUUUCAGCUGAAAAGCCGCCAACUCCUUGGAAUGCGCUGAUGACAUCCCCAAUCAAUGGGCAUGUGCUCUAAGCUAGAAGCUUAAUGUGGUUUUUAACAAACAUACAAUGUUCUGUGAGCUAAGUUAUGUUAGAGUUAAUAUAUACAGUAGCUGUUACUGUUAUGUACAUAGUUUGCAUUGUGUUCAAGGUAUGUGAGGUUUCUGUAGAUCAUACAGAAUUGUGUUAUAGACUUAUUGGA